AUACGAAAGAAGAUAUAGAAGCCCUUUAUUUUUAUUUUUUCUUAAUAUUUUAUUUUUCAGAUAAUAAAAUGCAAAAAUUCGCAAUUUUCCGAGCAAGAACGUGGCUUGGUAGAAGCUUCUCGAGCAUUUCUUCGAAUCCUUUGCGGGUGUGUGUUGUUGGAAGUGGCCCCGCUGGUUUCUACACGGCUGAGAAGAUGUUGAAGGCGCAGCAACAAGCACAAGUUGACAUCAUUGAUAGGUUGCCUACGCCUUUCGGGUUGGUCCGGUCCGGUGUUGCACCCGAUCACCCUGAAACAAAGAUUGUCAUAAACCAGUUUUCACGGGUUGCUCAGCAUGAAAGAUGCUCAUUUUUUGGAAAUGUGACUCUUGGAUCUACCAUUUCUCUCUCUGAAUUACGCAAUUUGUAUCAUGUGGUUGUCCUCGCAUAUGGUGCUGAAAGUGACAGAAGUCUUGGUAUUCCAGGAGAAAACUUGAAAGGGAUACAAUCAGCUAGAGAGUUUGUUUGGUGGUAUAAUGGACACCCAGAUGGACGAAAUCUUGAUCCAGACCUGAAGAGCACUGAUACAGCUGUAAUUCUUGGUCAGGGAAAUGUUGCUCUGGAUGUUGCACGCAUUCUUUUACGACCUACUACAGAGUUAGCAACAACUGAUAUUGCCAGUCAUGCUUUGGCUACUUUAGAGGAGAGCUCUAUCAGGAUGGUUUAUCUGGUUGGAAGACGUGGUCCAGCCCAAGCAGCUUGUACUGCAAAAGAACUACGCGAAGUUCUUGGUAUUCGUAAUCUUGAUAUUUCCAUACAGGAAUGUGAUCUACUUUUAAACCCAACAGAAGAGGAAGAACUAAAGAGUAACCGGAUAAAGAGAAGAGUUUGUGAGUUGCUUUCUAAGGCAGCUACCUCAAGACCAAAACCUGCCAGUUUGAAUCAACGUGAGCUCCACUUUGUCUUCUUCCGAAAACCAGAUAGUUUUCAAGAGUCAAAAGACAGAACUGGCCAUGUUUCUGGCGUGCACUUGGAGAAAACAGUUGUUAAAGGUGCUGGCCCUGGAAAACAGAUUGCUAUUGGUACUGGAGAGUUUGAAGAUAUAAAAUGCGGGAUGGUACUUAAGAGCAUUGGUUACAAAUCAGUACCAGUUGAUGGCUUACCUUUUGAUCAUAAGAAAGGUAUAGUUCCAAAUGUUAGAGGUCGAGUGUUGAGUGACACUUCAGAUCCUACAGUUAUUGAAGAGGGCUUGUAUGUAUGUGGUUGGCUGAAGAGAGGACCAACUGGGAUUAUUGCCACAAACCUAUAUUGCGCUGAAGAAACUGUUUCGAGCAUAUCAGAAGACCUCGAAAAAGGAGCGUUGAUUUCAUCAUCGGCGUUGCCAAAACUCGGCAGGGAGGGUCUUCUCCAGCUUCUACAUGAGAGAAAUGUCAAAAUAGUUUCAUUCAAUGAUUGGGAAAGGAUAGACUCUGAAGAAAGGAGGCAUGGAAGUUCAAGGAACAAGCCAAGGGAAAAACUAGCCACCUGGGAUGAGCUACAUAAAGCUGCCUCAGAAUGAAUCAACUAUUUUACAUCAUACAUUAUUUUAGCUUGGUAAACGUCUUAUCUUACACCAUGAACAAUAAAUAAUGGAAAGAAGGCUUUCCCAAUACACAAUUGUUGCUGAAUUAAUCCUCUUUAUCUGUUGUAAUGCCACAUUUUUCUUUUUCUUUUUAUUUUAUUUUAAGGUGUAGCGAGUUGACCUUAAAAGAAAACAACUAUAUUUAUGCGAUGAAACCUUUAAGGUGAUGUUGUUGUUGAUGAUGUUUAACUUAGAAAAGAAAAACCCCUUUGAAGAGUUCUUUUAAGUUUAGAAUCUGUUGAACUUGGCUUUGAAGAGUUCUUUUAGUUCUAAAAUGUUCUAA